AUGAACGUAUCUGACCCCAGGGUGUAUAUCCUGGAGACCAUGGGGAAGCACAGCUCCAGCACUGAGAUGCUGCAGGAAAUCAGGCAGAUGAUGACCCAGCUGAAGAGUUACCUUAUCCAGAGCACUGAGCUACAUAACCUACUGGAGCCUAAUGUCUACACAGAGGACAAACUAGGUGAGAUACAGUCUAACAUGUUAGAGGCUAGAUACAGUAACAUAGUCUAGCAGUUGUAAUCAAAGAGUUACUGCAGUUGGUAGAGCAUGGCGCUUGCAAUGGCAGGAUUUUGGGUUCGAUUCCCGGGGCCUGCGUAAUUCUCCUUGAUAUACUCAACAUUCAUCUGUUAAUACACAGCGUUAGACACAUCAUUCUCAAAACUCCUCUUGCUCCUUAUUUUGAGACCCCCCCCCCCCCAGAAAGUAACAUUUGAUUUGUCUGAUACAGUUUCUACCUGGCCGUGGCUAUAUUCAUAAUUGAAUAAUAGUAAUAAUAUAUUCCAUUUAGCAGAUGCUUUUAUCCAAAGCGACUUACAGUCAUGUGUGCAUACACAUUAACACUGUCUUUCACAUGAAUGCUUCAGUUCUCACUAAUCUUCAAAUUAACAUGCCCACCAUAUUCAGUGUCCAACAGGACAUUUGGCAAACAGGAUGUUCCCCUUAUUUACUGUCAAAUAGGAGACAGUUGUAUAUCACAGUCUUCUCUCUGUGCGUGGGAAAUUAGACUUUCUAGUGACACCUGUGAAAUUACAACAGGGACAGACAACAUGGUUGUUAGUGAGGGUUGCUACUGUUGACAUUUGAUGGCUUAAUUGGGUUUAAUAUACAACUUAUUUUGCCUCCAGCGUGCAUGCUGAAUGUCAGGUUUUCUUACACAGUGUACAUAUAAAUAUAUAUUCAUGUGAGGAUAAUAUUUAUACUGAUUUAAUAAUAUACUGUAGUUUAGCCUACUCCAACACCCAGCUCAAACAGAGAGGGAUGCUAUGUUAGCUAGCUGGCUAUGGCUAUCCAACACUGGAACUCUUCCAAGUCAAAGUAAGCUUUUGGUUUUAUAAAUGUAUUGCCACCUGGGUCUGCCAGUUUAACUGCUAAACUGCUUGCUGUACACUGUACUGCAUGAUUGUAGUGGGUUUACUAAUGCGUUAGUUCUAGUAGCUAUGUUGACUAAGACGUUAGCUAAUAUGGUGACAACGAUGUAGGCUGUGUGUAGCGGUUAGCGGUUAUGGUAUGAAAGUUUGGCUUGGAAAGGUUUUUUCGCCUGUUCACAGACAGCUGUUGUGUUGUGCAUUGAAGUCCAGAAGCGAAGGGAAAAGGUGAGAGGAGGAGAGCGUGUAGAUGCGAGCAAAGUGAUCAUGCUGAAAUACUAAUUAAUUGGAAUUGAAAUGGAAUUGAUCCCAAACCAUGCUGAACAGCAUUACCUGAAUGAAAACCACCCAUUAAUUUGCUUGUAGCUGAAAGUCUGUUUUCCUGCUAUUGACUUUGUUUCAUAAGCAUUCCAAUAAAGCUUGUUUGAUGCAUGAACACAUAUUUCAUCACGAAAUUGCCUUUUUAAUAUAAUGUGGAAAACAACUUUCGGCUGGCUCUGAAAUUGGCGUCUGGGGUAAUACGGCUGCUUGUUUAUUUAUCACACAUUGAAGCAGAUAUAGAGACAAACUCACAUUUGGAGGAGAUGGUGCUGCAGUGGAUAGCAGCCGUGUUAUGGGCUCCUGACCAAUUCUGCUAUUUUGUGUGUGCUUUUCUUAACUUUUUUUGUACAUAAUGUUUCCGCCAUCAUUUCCUAUGACAGAAAACAGCUUAUGAACAUUUCUACUUCAACGAGUAGGCAUCUCUGGAUGUACUGCUCGUUCCGCAACAGGCCCUAAUCCCCGGGACUCGAAAGAGGAAGAGACGGCGCAAGAGAGGCAAAUGAGCGGGCAUCCUGAUGUCGGAAACUAAAUAAACCGCCUCUACCCUCCAUUCUAUUGGUGAAUGUACAAUCACUAGAAUACAAAGUGGAAAAGCUCAGUUCUAGACUAUUCUAUCAACGGGACCUGAAGAACUGUAAUAUCCAAGUUUCGCGGAGUCAUUGCUGAACAAGGACAUGGAUAAUAUACAUCAGGCUGGUUUUUCUAUGCAUCGUCAAGACUGUACGUCAGCCUUGGGUAAGGUUAAGGGGGAGGGGUGUGUAACUUUCUCAACAACAGCUGGUGCGCGAUCUCUAAUGUUAAGGAAGUCUCUAGUUUUUGCUCGCCUGAGUUAGAAUACCUAAUGAUAAGCUGCAGACCAUACUAUUUACCAAAAUAGUUUUAAUCUAUAUUUUUCGUAGCUGUCUGUUUACCACCACAAACCGAUGCUGGCACUAAGACCGCACUCAACGAGCUGUUUAGAGCCAUAAGCAAACAGGAAACCGCUCAUCUAGAGGCGGCGCUCCUAGUGGCCAGGGAUUUUAAUGCAGGGAAACUGAAAUCCGUUUUGCCUCAUUUUUACCAGCAAGUCACCUGUGCAACUAGAGGAGACAAAACUCUAGACCACCUUUACUCCACACACAGAGACACAUACAAAGCUCUCCCUUGCCCUCACUUUGGCAAAUCUGACCAUAACUCUAUCCUCCUGAUUCCUGCUUACAAUCCAAAACUCAAACAGGAAGUACCAGUGACGCGCUCAAUAAGGAAGCGGUCCGAUGAAGCGGAUGCUAAGCUACAGGACUGUUUUGCUAGCACAGACUGGAAAAUGUUCCGGGAUUCAUCCGAUAACAUUGAGGAGUUUACCACAUCAGUCACCGGCUUCAUUAAUAAGUGCAUCGACGACGUCAUCCCCACAGUGGAUACGUACAUAUGCCAACCAGAAGGAUUACAAGCAACAUCCACACUGAGAGACUGCAAGACUGUGGUCACGUGACAAGACAGCGUAUUGAACACACAGCGGUGUGAAUCACCUCAAGAUAAAAACGCAAUAUUCAAUAUCAGUAAGUUAGACUAGAUAUUAGCACUUCAUAUACUCGUGGGUAAUAACAUUAAAUCUGGAUAAUAACACAAAACAAAUCAUAAGGCUAGAGAAAUAUAUCGACAAAUAUUACAACAACGAGCAACACUCAAACAUGACGGAGGAUAAACGAGGAGAGUCAAUCUCCAAGAGAAACCGCGACUCCUCGACAGAUACAGAUUAUUUAUGCUUUUCACCACUUGGACAAGGUAAGUGUGGAAAGCGAUCUGUUGAAGUCGAUAAAUGACAAACUGGGCAUACUAGAAUUAGUCACUAAGGAUUUAAAGGAGUUGAAGGCGAGCCAUGAAAUGAUUGACGAAAAACCUGUGAUAAUGGAGAAAGAUACAAAAAAGCUAAAAGGGACAGUCACUAAGAUAGAAACGGACGUUAAUUAACUUAAAAAGGAGAACAUCUUUCUGAGAGAAGCCUUACUAGACAUACAAACUAGAUCUAUGAGAGAAAAUCUAGUACUUACGGGUCUCCAAGAAAAAGAAGGAGAGGUUCCCGAAAAAAUAGUGAAGGACUUCUUUCUUACGGCGCUUCAAAUCCCACUCGAGGCUGUCGAUAAAAUCCAACUCAAACAUUUCAGACAAAGAGGACAGAGAUAUGAGCGUCCAAUCGUUGCCAAAUUUGCUUUCUUUAAGGAUCAAGUAAUGGUUAAAAGCCUAGGUGAAAGACUUGCUGGCAUGAAAAUAGGCGUGAAUGAUCAGUUCCCGAGGGAGAUUGCAGAACGGCGCAAAGUUCUGUACCCAAUCUUCAAGGUAAAUAGAUUAAAAGGGAAGCGUGUUGCUCUCGUAGUCGAUAAACUGUAUAUUGACAACCAAAUGUUCCGCGACACAAAGACUACUCCAUGGCUAUUCUGAAAGUUCUAAUGGUAGGGAUUGUACUAAUACUAGCCAUGGUAGGGAUUGUACUAAUAAAACACAUUUAUAGUAUUUAUAGUAUUUUAUAAAGGGAUAAGACGGCAUUACAAGAAAGGAUAACUAGUGAAAUAAUAAAUCUUCAAAUAUAACUAAUUAGAACACAAAAGUACUCAAUCAACAUAGUGGAGAUAAAAACAUAGCAAACAGAAGACAUAGAAGGCACAGUAUGUGGGUAUGUGUGGAUGUAUUGUGAUGGAAGAUGUGGUGUGCGUUUUUGUGUUUGGAAAAGUGUGGCGUUAAGUGAGUGAGAAAGGAAAUGGUUACAUAUUCCAGAACCAAUUUGUGUCUGUGAGUAGGGGUUGUGAGAGAGAGCUUUCAAUUUUGUGCAGAUGAGGGAUAUACAUUUUAAAAUAAAGUAUACAUCUAAUUUAUUUUUUAUUGUCCAAUCAUGAUGGAACAGUCCCCAAACCUAUAUCCUAGACACCCACCUGAGCGACCCAUACACCAAAGAGAAGUCCCUAUCUGUUUUAUGGCCCUGCUGUAAGUUGCCUAUAUGCAGCCAAAACAGAAAGAUAAAUGCGGUCAGAGACCUACUAGAGCAGCACCGCCCCCUCAAGAUUCUUGAGCCUGCCUGGCAGGGUUGGUCCUACAAAGCCAGAGCCCCCUGAUUGGAGAGCAUAAUAUACAAGGACAUUCUCAAAGCUGCUAAUGAGAACCUUGACGAACUUGUACCUAGCCGGUGGGGAUUCCGGUGGGGUACCCCCACCCAGGUAGUGGCAGUGCUGGCAACACUGGCUGCAGUAACCCAUGGGGAGGGGGUCACACUCGGACAAUCAGAGAAGGGCCAUAUUACUGCAUGGAGGUGCUUGGGAAAAUGGUUACAAUGGAGGACCAGAGUGUGUGUGUUUCAGGGGAAGGGGGUGGAUCUGAUCUCCAUCACCUAGGACUUGAUAUAGGUGAAUCAAAUCUCAAAUAUUUGAAAAUUUUUCCUCAAUCUUGCAUGCUUUCUCAAACAGCUGUAACUGUAUAUGCAUUCAUAAAUCAGGUCCUUUCUUGAGUUGGGCUCUGGGAUGGCACAACCAUUGAGCAUCUGAGCUUAUGAUUGAUUGUGGAGGAAAGGGGUUGAGUGUGUAAGUGUGUGUGUGUGUGUGUGUGUGUGUGUGUGUGUGUGUGUGUGUGUGUGUGUGUGUGUGUGUGUGUGUGUGUGUGUGUGUGUGUGUGUGUGUGUGUGUGUGUAUGUACCCCACAUCUGUUGCAAGAGGGUAAGGAUGUUAGGGAGAAUAUAGGACGAACCACAAUAAUUGUUUGCUAAAAUAGUAAUUGCUUGACAAAAAUGUAAUGUAAUGCAUUGGCAAUCCGGGUUAUAGGUAACAAUCCUUCGCAUGAACUGCCGACAUUACUACACAUAUUAAUUGAUAAUGAUGGAAAUUAAGAUAUGCAAGAUAUUUGAAUAGAUACAGUACCAGUCAAAAGUUUGGACAUACCUACUCAUUCAACGGUUUUUCAUUAUUUUUUACUAUUUUCUACAUUGUAGAAUAAUAGUGAAGACAUCAAAACUAUGAAAUAACACAUAUGGAAUCAUGUAGUAACCCAAAAAGUGUUAAACAAAUCGAAAUAUAUUUUAUAUUUGAGAUUCUUCAAAUAGCCACCCUUUGCCUUGAUGACAGCUUUGCACACUCUUGGCAUUCUCUCAACCAGCUUCCCCUGGAAGGCUUUUCCAACAGUCUUGAAGGAGUUCCCACAUAUGCUGAGCACUUGUUGGCUGCUUUUCCUUCACUCUGCCGUCCGACUCAUCCCAAACCAUCUCAAUUGGGUUGAGGUCAGGGGAUUGUGGAGGCCAGGUCAUCUGAUGCAGCACUCCAUCACUCUCCUUCUUGGUCAAAUAGCCCUUACACAGCCUGGAGGUGUUGGGUCAUUGUCCUGUUGAAAAACAAAUGAUAGUCCCACUAAGCCCAAACCAGAUGGGAUGGCGUAUCGCUGCAGAAUGCUGUGGUAGCCAUGCUGGUUAAGUGUUCCUUGAAUUCUAAAUAAAUCACAGCAAAGCACCCCUACACCAUAACACCUCCUCCUCCAUGCUUUACGGUGGGAACUACACAUGCAGAGAUCAUCCGUUCAUCCACACCGCGUCACACAAAGACACAGCGGUUGGAACCAAAAAUCUCAAAUUUGGACACCAGCCCUAAGGAGAAAUGUCCACCGGUCUAAUGUCCAUUGCUCAUGUUUCUUGGCCCAAGUAGUUAUCUUCUUCUUCUUAAUGGUGUCCUUUAGUAAUGGUUUCUUUGCAGCAAUUCAACCAUCAAGGCCUGAUUCACACAGUAUCCUCUGAACAGUUGAUGUUGAGAUGUGUCUGUGACAUGAACUCUGUGAAGCAUAUAUUUGGGCUGCUUUUCAGAGGCUGGUAACUUUAACGAACUUAUCCUCUGCAGCAGAGGUAACUCUGGGUCUUCCAUUCCUGUGGUGGUCUUCAUGAGAGCCAGUUUCAUCAUAGCGCUUCAUGGUUUUUGUGACUGCACUUGAAGAAACGUUCAAAGUUCUUGAAAUUUUCCAUAUUGACUGUCAUUUCUCUUUGCUUAUUUGAUCUGUUCUUGCCAUAAUAUAGGCUUGGUCUUUUACCAAAUAGGGCUAUCUUCUGUAUACCCCCCUACCUUGUCACAACACAACUGAUUGGCUCAAACACAUUAAGAAGGAAAGAAAUUCCACAAAUUAACUUUUAACAAGGCACAUCUAUUAUUUGAAAUGUAUUCCAGGUGACUACCUCAUGAAGCUCGUUGAGAGAAUGCCAAGAGUGUGCAAAGCUGUCAUCAAGGCAAAGGGUGGCUACUUUGAAGAAUCUCAAAUAGAAAAUAUAUUUUGAUUAGUUUUUUGGUUACUACAUGAUUCCAUAUGUGUUAUUUCAUAGUUUUGAUGUCUUCACUAUUAUUUUACAAUGUAAAAAAUAGUAAAAAUAAAGAAAAACAUGAAGAGGCGACUCCGGGAUGCUGACCUUCUAGGCAGAGUUGCAAAGAAAAAGCCUAUAGCAGACUGGCCAAUAAAAAUAAAAGAUUAAGAUGUGCAGUCUGAGAUAUGGCUUUUUCUUUGCAACUCUGCCCAGAAGGUUAGCAUCCCAGAGUCGCCUCUUCACUGUUGACAUUGAGACUAGUGUUUUGCGGGUACUAUUUAAUGAAGCUGCCAGUCGAGGACCUGUAAGGCGUCUGUUUCUCAAACUAGACACUCUAAUGUAUUUGUCCUCUUGCUCAGUUGUGCACCGGGGCCUCCCACUCCUCUUUCUAUUCUGGUUAGAGCCAGUUUGCGCUGUUCUGUGAAGGGAGUAGUACACAGCGUUGUACGAGAUCUUCAGUUUCUUGGCAAUUUCUCGCAUGGAAUAGCCUUCAUUUCUCAGAACAAGAAUAAACUGACGAGUUUCAGAAGAAAGUUAUUUGUUUCUGGCCAUUUUGAGCCUGUAAUCAUAACCACAAUUGCUGAUGCUCCAGAUACUCCAAUUGCUGAUGCUCCCGAGUGGCGCAGUGGUCUAAGGCCACAGCUGUGCCACUAGAGAUCCUGGUUCGAAUCCAGGCUCUGUCGUAGCUGGCCGUGACCGGGAGACCCAUGGGGCGGCGCACAAUUGGCCAAGCGUCGUCCAGGGUAGGGGAGGCAAUGGCCGGCAGGGAUGUAGCUCAGUUGGUAGAGCAUGGCGUUUGCAAAGCCAGGGUUGUGGGUUCGAUUCCCACUGGGGGCCAGUAUGAAAAAAAAAAAAUAUUAUGUAUGCACUCUCUAACUGUAAGUCGCUCUGGAUAAGAGCGUCUGCUAAAUGACUGUAAUGUAAAAUGUAGUCUCAAGAAUGCCAGUUUUAUUGCUUCUUUAAUCAGCACAACAGUUUUCAGCUGUGCUAACAUAAUUGCAAAAGGGCUUUCUAAUGAUCAAUUAGCCUUUUAAAAUUAUAAACUUGGAUUAGCAAACACAACAUGCCAUUGGAACACAGGACUGAUGGUUGCUGAUAAUGGGCCUCUGUACGCCUAUGUAGAUAUUCCAUAAAAAAUCAGCCGUUUCCAGCUACAAUAGCCAUUUACAACAUUAACAAUGUCUACACUGUAUUUCUGAUCAAUUUGAUGUUGUUUUAAUGGACAAAAAAAUGAUUUUCUUUCGAAAACAAGGACCCCAAACUUUUGAACGGUAGUGUAUAUAUAUAUAUUUGCGGAAAAAAACAUAUGGGGAUUGGAAGUGAUGCAGACAAUUAUGGAAGUUACAAUUUAUCUGCAAUAUUAAAGCUGAUCUACCCCCUAAAAAAAAAUUGAAACAAGAAAAAGUAUAUAUAUAUAUCAAAAAAAUAAAAUAAAAUAAAUACUAAAAAAUAAACAUCCACACUGAGCUAAAGGCUAAAGCUGCCGCUUUCAAGGAGCGGGACACCAAUCUGGACAAUUAUAAGAAAUCCUGCUACUACAUCGGACAAGCCAUCAAACAGGCAAAGUGUCAAUUCAGGAAUAAGAUAGAGUAAGACUUUUAAACAUGGUCCUCUGUAGCUCAAUUGGUAGAGCAUGGCACUUGUAACGCCAGGGUAGUGGGUUUGAUCCCCGGGACCACCCAUACGUAAAAAUGUAUGCACACAUGACUGUAAGUCGCUUUGGAUAAAAGCGUCUGCUAAAUGGCAUAUUAUUAUUAUUAAACAGGUUAACAUUCACAAGGCCGCAGGGCCAGAUGGAUUAUCAGGAAGCAUACUCAGAACAUGCGCUGACAAGUUUCUUUACUGACAUUUUAAACCUCUCCCUGAACCAGUCUGUAAUACCUACAUGUUUCAAGCAGACCACCAUAGUCUUUGUGCCCCAGAACGCCAAGGUAACCUGUCUAAAUGACUAUCACCCCGUAGCACUCACAUCUGUAGCCAUGAAAUGCUUUGAAAGGCGAGUCAUGGCUCACAUCAACACCUCUGCAACUGGAUCCUGGACUGCCUGACGGGCCGCCCCUGGGUGGUGAGGGUAGGCAACAACACAUCCGCCACACUGACCCUCAACACAGGGGCCCCUCAGGGUUGCGUGCUUAGUCCCCUCCUAUACUCCCUGUUCACCCACAACUGUGUAGCCGUGCACGACUCCAACACCAUUAUUAAGUUUGCUAACGACACGACAGUGGUUGGCCUGAUCACAGACAAUGAUGAGACAGCCUAUAGGGAGGAGGUCAGUGACCUGGCAGUGUGGUGCCAGGACAACAACCUCUCCCUUAACGUCAGCCAGACAAAGGAGCUGAUUGUGGACUACAGGAAAUGACGGGGCUGUAGUGGAGCGGGUCGAGAGCUUCAUGUUCCUCGGUGUCCACAUCACUAAGGAAUUAUCAUGGUCCACACACACCAACACAGUCGUGAAGAAGGCACGACAAUGCUCAGGAAGCUAAAAAGAUUUGGCAUGGGCCCUCAGAUCCUCAAAAAGUACUUCAGCUGCACCAUUGAGAGCAUCUUGACUGGCUGCAUCACCGCUUGGUAUGGCAACUGCUUGGCAUCCGACCGCAAGGCGCUACAGAGGGUAGUACUUAUGGUCCAGUACAUAAUUGGGGCCGAGCUCCCUGCCAUCCAGGACCUCUAUACCAGGCGGUGUCAGAGGAAGGCCCUAAAAAUGGUCAAACUCCAGAUACCCAAGUCAUAGACUGUUCUCUCUGCUACCGCACAGCAAGCAGUACCGAUGCACCAAGUCUGGAACCAACAGGACCCUGAACAGCUUCUACCCCCAAGCCAUAAGACUGCUAAAUUGUUCGUUAAUUAGUUAACCAAAACUACCCAGACUAUCUGCAUUGAGCCGUUUUGCACUAACUCUUUUGACUCACAUACACUGCUGCUACUGGUUAUUAUCUAUCCUGUUGCCUAGUCACUUUAUCACUACCUAUAUGUACAUACAGUAUAUACCUAAAUUACCUCGUACCCCUGCACAUCGACUCGGUACUGGUACACCGUGUAUAUAGAUAGCCAAGUUGUCGUUACUCAUUGUGUAUUUAUUCCUUGUGUUAUUAUUUUUCUAUUAUUCCUCUAUUCUUCUCUCUGCAUUGUUGGGAAGGGCCCGUAAGUAAGCAUUUCACUGUUAGUCUACACCUAUUGUUUACAAAGCAUGUGACAAAUACAAUUUGAUUUGAUUUUAAAGCAAUGGCACUCAGACAUGCAAACAUAAUAAGGCAACACACAGCCACAAAUGAAAGCAUGCACGCACGACGGCUCUUAAGCUGAGGCUUUAAAUCAACAGUUUAAUUAAAAUGACAGAACACAUUGGGGCCAGCGAGAGGCUGUGGCGGUACAGAGCAGAGCACUGAGGUAUUGGUAUUUUAUUAGGAUCCCCAUUAGCUGUUGCGAAAGAAGCAGCUACUCUUCCUGGGGUUCACACAAAACAUGAAACAUGACAUAAUACAGAACAUUAAUAGACAAGAACAGCUCAAGGACAGAACUACAUCAAUUUAAAAAAUGUCACACGUAGCCUACAUAUCAAUACAUACACACAAACUAUCUAGGUCAAAUAGGGGAGAGGCAUUGUGCCGCGAGGUGUUGCUUUAUCUGUUUUUUGAAAUCAGGUUUGCUGUUCAUUUGAGCAAUAUGAGGUGGAAGGGAGUUCCAUGCAAUAAUGCCUUUAUAUAAUACUGUACACUUUCUUACAUUUGUUCUGGAUUUGGUCCUUUUGCUCCAUCUCUUUCAACCAUAUCGUUUUUCAAUUCCUCAUCAAUCCAUGGAGCCUUAACAGUUCUAACAGUCAGUUUCUUAACAAGUGCAUGUUUAUCAAUAAUUGGAAGAAGCAAUUUUAUAAAUGCAUCAAGUGCAGCGUCUGGACGUUCCUUAUUAAUCACAUCAGACCAACAAAUAUUUUUAACAUCAUCCACAUAAAUAUUUUGUAUGAUCUCUUAUACACUAUUUUAGGCCCAGCUUUCGGAACUUUGGCUUUCCUGGAUAUAGCCACUAUAUUGUGAUCACUGCAUCCAAUGUGUACGGAUACAGCUUUAGAACAAAGUUCUACAGUAUUAGUAAAAAUGUGAUCAAUACAGUACAUGUGGAUGAUCUUGUUCCUGUAGUGUUUGUAAACACCAUAGUAGGUUGAUUAAUAACCUGAACCAGAUUACAGGCGCUGGUUACAGUGAGAAGCUUCCUCUUGAGCUGACAGCUUGAUGAAAACCAGUCAAUAUUCAGAUCCCCAAGAAAGUAGACCUUUCUGUUUACAUCACAAGCAUUUCACACAUAUUAUUUAGAUACUGACGGUUAGCACUUGGUGGCCUAUAGCAACACCCAAAAAGAAAAGGCUUUAGAUGUGCCAAGUGAACCUGCAACCACAACACUUCAAUAACACUUGACAUAAGAUCUUCUCUAAGCAUUACAGGGAUAUGAGUCUGAAUAUAUACAGCAACACCUCCCCCAUAAUCAUUCCUGUCUCUUCUAUAGAUGUUAUAUCCUUGUAUUGCUACUGCUGUAUCAUCAAAUUAUUAACUAAGUGAGUCUCAGAUAUGGCUAUUUUCAGCCCUUUCCUGGGUAGCUUAUCAGAGAUACAAACCCAUAGGCUUGGCUCUCUCAUCCCUUCCAGGCUUUUGGGAGGGAGGGUGGACAAUGAGCCUGUCAUAGCGGAUGUAUGCAAUGUCCCCACGCGCUCUGGCUGGGAUAAGUUCUUUCCUCUUCUGGCGCACAGCUUCUGGAUAGUCCUCGUUGCGGAAGAUAUAUGUUUCUCUCAAGUUCUUGGCUCUUUCCAGAACAACUACCUUGUCCUUGAACCUCAGGAACUUGGCCAAUAUCGGCCUAGGCCUGUCACCUGGGCUGGUAGUGGGUUUUCCAGUUCUGUGGGUGUACUCCACCUCAAUCUUCCUGUGGUCCAUCUUCAGUUUCUCCGAGAUCAUUUCCCUCACUUUGUCCUCAGACUCCUUCCAGGUCUUGUGGAGAUUCUACAAUUCCGUCCACAACCAUGUUGUCCCGCCUUGAUUGUCCCUCGAGAUAAUCUGAUUUCAUUGUUAUCAUGGAUUUACAUACAGAACUGAUGUCCUCUCUCAAUGACUUACAGAUUGCUGUCAUCCUGCCGUUCUCUUGUUUCAACUCAUCAAGCUGACCCUGGGAGAACUGUCAUGGUAGCCACGUAGGUUACGCUGCUGUUACUCCUCGCAGUUCCAGACAGGGCAGGUCACAGGGAAGAUUGGAAACAACAACAAACAGCAGGGAUCUAGACAACCAAAAGCCCGGAACAAUCCGCGGUCCCAGCCACAAUGGCUAACCGCGUCGCAGGCUGCGUUCAAGCCAAACAGCUCCUCAGACCUGGCUUUGGUCGGCAGGAUCACUGGACAGAUAGUAGCAGUCCUAGUAGUCCAACCACAUCGCAGGAUCCAAACUCAAAAGGUAGCUAGCUACUAAGAAACCUUUCAAUAGAAUUUCAAAACAACAAACCGAGCUCUCCCUCAUUCCGCCUUCAACAGGAAGUGACGUGUACAGUGACAUGUACAGUAGCAGUCCUUACCAUUGCAUAUGGCGUUUUCUUCAUCAACAAACUAGAACAAGAAAACGUGUGUGUGUGUGUGUGUGUAGUCUCAUCUGUGACAACUCAUCCUUGCUAUUUGAUUUUAAAAAUCACCAGCCAGUUUAUUUAAUUUAAUCAAGAUACUACAGUAUUUCCACCUCUAAAGGCAUCCACAUAAACAGGCCAUGCAAAUGAAGAACCAACUAGACAGCUUCUCUACACAAACAUCAUUCCUUAAACUGUUUACAUCAGGGAUGAUUUGCAUUCUGCGCUACACCUCAGAUAUUCAUAAAUUUUAGAUGAGCACAUAACAACUCUAAAUUCUAACGCUCUAAAAACGUAUUUAGAUGGUAAAUGAUACACUGUCUGGCGUAGGAGGACAGUCUGUAGUGAAGCCCUAUGUGAGCUGUUAAUUACUUAAUCAUGCUGCUUGAGAAAUCUUUCCACAAGGAAAGCUUGACCUCAUUAGGUGGUCAGUGAUGUAGAAUGUUAGCCUGGGUACCAGACCUGUUUGUGCUUUCAUUCCACUCCUUGCCACUUCUUGUCAUAUGUCAAACAUGAGUAGAAUGAUUAUAGUCGUGCCGUUUGGCACAACUAUGGUAUGCAUUGGUUGAAGCUCAAUAUUAAAUUAAAAUCUCUCUACCAUCAUAUGUAAGCCAAUAUGACACCAAUGUUGAUGGAAAUUCACAAAUAAACUUGAUUGGAGGUACACAACACACUCCCCACCUGUUGUCAUGAUUCGUCCAGCCGUUACCAAUAAUAAUUAUACCAGAUUUUUGACAGGGUUGUUAGCAUUAGGGUCAUCAGACAAUGUUUUGCCCAAACCUACCUCAAAUUCUAGACGUCAGAUUAAAACGAGUUACAGUGUCCAUAAGGUGGCCAUUAGACUUAGAUCCAUUUGGACUGUCACGUCUACUCCUGCUACCCCGCUCGACGUCGCCGGUCUACUAACCACCGGUCCUGGCAACCAUCAUUACGCACACCUGGCAACCAUUACUACGCACACCUGCUCCAUAUCGUUACGCAUACCUGGACCUCAUCAUCACCUUGAUUACGCUCCCUUUAUUUAGCCCUCAGUAGCCUCAGUCAUCAGGCAGUCUUGGUUUUGUCACGUUUCGGUACACGUCUCCUGUUUUGGUUAUCUGCCUUUUACUAUUAUUCAACCCACCUUCUGCACCUGCUUCCUGACUCCCAGCGUUCGAUUUUACUAAACAGUACUUUCUAAAUAGUGUGUAGUACGAGUUUUAGUAAGUAGUAGGCAAGACAGAUUUCGGACACAGCCAAUAAUUGGGCUUGUCUAAACACCUGAUCAAACAGGGACCAAUAAUCCCCUAUCCUCCUCUAUCCUCCCGGUGUGUGUCCCAAAUGGCACCCUAUUCCCUAUAUAGUGCACUACUUUUGAGGUAGGGAAUAGGGUGCCAUUUGGGACACAGGCCAAGUGUAAUAGGGAGCAUCUGGGGCUCAAGUAGUUGGUUGGUGCGCCUGAUAAGGCCCUAGGGAGAAGAUACAAUCAGACAGAGACAGAUAUGAUCUGUGGGACCAGCAGACUCCUCCAAUAAUUAUAUCAAGCUGUUAAUUAGGUUUAGCAACAGAAACAUGAGCUACCGGUCCCUGUGGAUCCAUCAUGGCUGACUGGAAACACAUUCAACACUGGAUUGGACUGUCAUCUGUUAAACUGUGGAGCCAUCAUGACUGACUGGAACUAAGCAGGCUGGCUGAGCAUAAACACAUGGAAAUUGAAACAGUAAUUUGGAUUGGACAGUGCUAGACUAAAAACAUAUUUAAAGUGAAGUCUGAAGUAGUGUGAAGUUUGAAGUAAUGUGUUACUUAAUUAAAUGUAUGUGAAAUCUUUUGAAACAGAGAACGCUGGACAGGAUACACAUUGAACAGCACUAUGCUCGAUUGGACAACAAAAUACACAUUUCUACUCCUAUUUAAAAGAAGAAAGAACAUCACUUGUUAUGAUAUGGGAAAAAGGUAAAUGGCAGGUGUUCUUUGCUGUUAUUAUACACGAGGACAUGACAUCAAUAAUUGUGGUGAAAAAAAGUGGCUUCGUGAUGAUGAAUUACGUUAUUGAAAAGAAACCCAUCUGUUUGUGUUAGCUACAUAGAUCAAUGUCCGUCUUGUUCUUUAUGCUAGAGUACUAGUUCUAAAGAGAGAGAGAGAAUUAACAGAUGGGAAAUAGAGAACACAGCAUCUCUACAUCUAUUCCUUUUCUAUGAUCCAUCCCCAUUCAACCAGCCAUUGAAACACUCAUCUAAGGCCUGUUCUCUUCUGUAGCUGGCAUAUAAAAGCUGCCCUAUGAUAAACCCUGUCUCUGAAGUAAUGAGAGCUGGGACUGUGGCUGUGUCUGAAAUGGCACCCUAUUCCCUAUGUAGUGCACUACUUUUCACCAAGGCCAAUAGGGGAAAGGUUGCCAUUUCGAACACAGCAUGUGUUCUUUUCAGUCAUCCUGUGCAGUGGUUCUCAACUUGUGCGAAUAGUACCCCUGGGGUACCUGACUUAUCCACAGGGGGUAGGCUACUUAGAAAAGAUUCAUGCUGUAAGAACAUGGUGGUCCUCUGUAGCUCAGCUGGUAGAGCACGGCGCUUGUAACGCCAAGGUAGUGGGUUCGAUCCCCGGGACCACCCAUACACACAAAAAAAAAUGUAUGCACGCAUGACUGUAAGUCGCUUUGGAUAAAAGCGUCUGCUAAAUGGCAUAUUAUAUUAUUAUUAUAACAUAGGCCUAAUGAUCAGUUGCACAUGAGGGUUAGAGCAAAACGUGAUUAGGGUUACAGUAACCAAAAAAGGUUGAGAACAAUUGAUCCAGUGGCUCUGCAGCUGGCCAGUCCCUUCUAUGACAGAGGGAGGCUGAGACAUAGACAUAGAAUGACAUAGAAUAGUAAUUAUAUUCCUAUGGGCUGAGGCAGAGGAACUGUGGUCACUAAGACUGCUGUGAGACCAGAUACAGCUGGAUAGUGUGGCUAUUAUUACAGAGAGAGGCUGUGGGAGCUGUUGUUGUAAGACUGCAGCCAACCUGUGUGUGUGUAUCUGUGUGUGCGUGUGUGUGUGUGUGCGUGUAUGUGUGUGUGCGUGCAUACGUGUGUGUGUAUGUGUGUGUCUGUGUGUGUGUGUGUGGCCUCUGUCUCCGGUUACUAAACAGUCAUGGCUGCCAUGUAAAUCCAGUGGCUUGCGAAAGUAUUCACCCCCCUUUGUCACGAAUACAGCCAAGGCUGCCCCUCCUCCUUGCUCGGGCAGGCUUCGGCGUUCGUCGUCACCGGAGUACUAGCUGCCACCGAUCGAUAUUUCUGUGUUACACUAGUCUUGUCUUUAUUAAUCACACCUGUUACCCAUUAUGCUUAUUUGUGUCCCUAUAAUUACCUCUGUUUUCCCUCCUGAGUUUGUGCGUGAUUGUCCGUUGUCUUACGUCGUUUGGUGAGCUGUUGUUCUGCUCUUCCCUGCGUGGAGGGUUUGUUAUGGUUUAGUAAAUCCAUUCAUUUUCUCAGUUCUGUGUCCUGCGCCUGAUUCCGUUUCACCACUUCACCCAGACGCUGACACCCUUGGCAUUUUUCCUAUUUUGUUGCCUUACAACAUGGAAUUAAAAUAGAUUUUUUGGGGGUUUGUAUCAUUUGAUUUACACAACAUGCCUACCACUUUGAAGAUGCAAAAUAAUUUUUUUGGUGAAACAAACAAGAAAUAAGGCAAAAAAACAGAAAACUUGCGCAUGCAUAACUAUUCACUGCCCCAAAGUCAAUACUUUGUAGAGCCACCUUUUGCAGCAAUUACAGCUGCAAGUCUCUUGGUGUAAUGACGCUCCAGGAGAGUGAGGAUCCAUUUGCAGUUUUAUUACAAUCUGGGUCGUACAAACAGGGUCAAUCGCCAGCAGACACAACAGUAGGGAUAAGGCAACUCGUAAUCCAGGUACAGGCAUAAGGUCAGGGCAGGCAGCAAGCUUACAAAAAUCAGUCCAGUAAAGAAUAUAGUCCAGGGCAGGCAGCAAAGAAUCAAGGAGGGAAAAACAGUCCAGAGUAAAUCCACGGGCAGACAGACACAGGCGAAAACGCUCAGAAAUGAUCACCAGGGUAAACAAGACUUCGCAAAGAGAGAGAGUUUGAGAGCACCUAAAUAGUCUACUGAUGGGAGUCAGGUGCAACGGUAAUCAGAGCCAGGUAUGUGGGAAAUGUAGUUCAGGGGUUUAAUACUCAGGAGAGGGUUCCCUCUGGUGGUGAGCAGGAGGAACAGCGGGAGUCUCGUUUGUGACACUUGGGGUAUGUCUCUAUAAGCUUGGCACAUCUAGCCACUGGGAUUUUUGCCCAUUCUUCAAAGGCAAAACUGCUCCAGCUCCUUCAAGUUGGAUGGGUUCCGCUGGUGUACAGCAAUCUUUAACUCAUACCACAGAUUCUCAAUUGGAUUGAGAUCUGGGCUUUGACUAGGCCAUUCCAAGACAUUUAAAUGUUUCCCCUUAAACCACUCGAGUGUUGCUUUAGCAGUAUGCUUAGGGUCAUUGUCCUGCUGGAAGGUGAACCUCUGUCCCAGUCUCAAAUCUCUGGAAGACAGAAACAGGUAUCCCUCAAGAAUUUCCUUGUAUUUAGCGCCAUCCACCAUUCCUCCAAUUCUGACCAGUUUCCCAGUCCCUACCGAUGAAAAACAUCCCCACAGCAUGAUGCUGCCACCAACAUGCUUCACUGUGGGGAUGGUGUUCUUGGGGUGAUGAGAGGUGUUGGGUUUGCGCCAGACAUAGCGUUUUCCUUGACGGUCAAAAAGCUCAAUUUUAGUCUCAUCUGACCAGAGUACCUUCUUUCAUAUGUUUGGGGAGUCUCCCACAUACCUUUUGGCGACUCUUCCGUAAAGUCCAGCUCUGUGGAGUGUACGGCUUAAAGUGGUCCUAUGGACAGAUACUCCAAUCUCCGCUGUGGAGCUUUGCAGCUCCUUCAGGGUUAUCUUUGGUCUCUUUGUUGCCUCUCUGAUUAAUGCCCUCCUUGCCUGGUCCGUGAGUUUUGGUGGGCGGCCCUCUCUUGGCAGGUUUGUUGUGGUGCCAUAUUCUUUCCAUUUUUUAAUAAUGGAUGUAAUGGUGCUCCGUGGGAUGUUUCUGAUAUUUUUUUAUAACCCAACACUGAUCUGUACUUCUCCACAACUUUGUCCCUGACCUGUUUGGAGAGCUCCUUGGUCUUCAUGGUGCCGCUUGCUUGGUGGUGCCCCUUGCUUAGUUGUGUUGCAGACUCUGGGGCCUUUCAGAACAGGUGUAUAUGUCCAAUUUGUAAGUCGCUCUGGAUAAGAGCGUCUGUGUAAAUGUAAUAAAUGUAUAUACUGAGAUCAUGUGACAGAUCAUGUGACACAGGUGGACUUUAUUUAACUAAUUACAGUGGGGGAAAAAAGUAUUUAGUCAGCCACCAAUUGUGCAAGUUCUCCCACUUAAAAAGAUGAGAGAGGCCUGUAAUUUUCAUCAUAGGUACACGUCAACUAUGACAGACAAAAUGAGAAAAAUAAAUCCAGAAAAUCACAUUGUAGGAUUUUUAAUGAAUUUAUUUGCAAAUUAUGGUGGAAAAUAAGUAUUUGGUCAAUAACAAAAGUUUCUCAAUACUUUGUUAUAUACCCUUUGUUGGCAAUGACACAGGUCAAACGUUUUCUGUAAGUCUUCACAAGGUUUUCACACACUGUUGCUGGUAUUUUGGCCCAUUCCUCCAUGCAGAUCUCCUCUAGAGCAGUGAUGUUUUGGGGCCGCCGCUGGGCAACACGGACUUUCAACUCCCUCCAAAGAUUUUCUAUGGGGUUGAGAUCUGGUGACUGGCUAGGCCACUCCAGGGCCUUGAAAUGCUUCUUACGAAGCCACUCCUUCGUUGCCCGGGCGGUGUGUUUUGGAUCAUUGUCAUGUUGAAAGACCCAGCCACAUUUCAUCUUCAAUGCCCUUGCUGAUGGAAGGAGGUUUUCACUCAAAAUCUCACGAUACAUGGCCCCAUUCAUUCUUUCCUUUACACGGAUCAGUCGUCCUGGUCCCUUUGCAGAAAAACAGCCCCAAAGCAUGAUGUUUCCACCCCCAUGCUUCACAGUAGGUAUGGUGUUCUUUGGAUGCAACUCAGCAUUCUUUGUCCUCCAAACACGACGAGUUGAGUUUUUACCAAAAAGUUAUAUUUUGGUUUCAUCUGACCAUAUGACAUUCUCCCAAUCCUCUUCUGGAUCAUCCAAAUGCACUCUAGCAAACUUCAGACGGGCCUGGACAUGUACUGGCUUAAGCAGGGGGACACGUCUGGCACUGCAGGAUUUGAGUCCCUGGCGGCGUAGUGUGUUACUGAUGGUAGGCUUUGUUACUUUGGUCCCAGCUCUCUGCAGGUCAUUCACUAGGUCCCCCCGUGUGGUUCUGGGAUUUUUGCUCACCGUUCUUGUGAUCAUUUUGACCCCACGGGGUGGAGCCCCAGAUCGAGGGAGAUUAUCAGUGGACUUCCUAAUAAUUGCUCCCACAGUUGAUUUCUUCAAACCAAGCUGCUUACCUAUUGCAGAUUCAGUCUUCCCAGCCUGGUGCAGGUCUACAAUUUUGUUUCUGGUGUCCUUUGACAGCUCUUUGGUCUUGGCCAUAGUGGAGUUUGGAGUGUGACUGUUUGAGGUUGUGGACAGGUGUCUUUUAUACUGAUAACAAGUUCAAACAGGUGCCAUUAAUACAGGUAACGAGUGGAGGACAGAGGAGCCUCUUAAAGAAGAAGUUACAGGUCUGUGAGAGCCAGAAAUAUUGCUUGUUUGUAGGUGACCAAAUACUUAUUUUCCACCAUAAUUUGCAAAUAAAUUCAUUAAAAAUCCUACAAUGUGAUUUUCUGGAAAAAGAAUUCUCAAUUUGUCUGUCAUAGAUGACGUGUACCUAUGAUGAAAAUUACAGGCCUCUCUCAUCUUUUUAAGUGGGAGAACUUGCACAAUUGGUGGCUGACUAAAUACUUUUUUUCCCCACUGUAUGUGACUUCUUGUCACGAUCGUCGUAUACAGAGGAGGACCAAGGCGCAGCGUUGCAGGCAAACAUACUCUUUAUUUAGAGACACGAUCAAAACAACAAAACGAUGACGUGACAGUUCACGGUCUAACACAAACAGACUAGAAACAAGAUCCCACAACAUUAGUGGGCAAAUAGCCUCUAUAAAUAUGGCUCCCAAUCAGAGACAACCAGCCACAGCUGACACUCGUUGCCUCUGAUUGGGAACCACUCUGGCCAACACAGAAAUACAACCUAUAGAAUAUCCACACCCUGGCUCAACAUAUAGAGUCCCAGAGCCAGGGUGUGACACUUCUGAAGGUAAUUGGUUGCACCAGAUCUUAUUUUGAUCUGGUGCAACCAAUUACACCACUUUCCAUUAUUUAUUUUUUAUAAUUUUUUGAAACAAGUUCUUUUUUAAAUUUCACUUCACCAAUUUGGACUCUUUUGUGUAUGUCCAUUACAUGAAAUCCAAAUAAAAAUCAAUUUAAAUUACAGGUUGUAAUGCAACAAAAUAGGAAAAACGCCAAGGGGGAUGAACACUUUUGCAAGGCACUGUAAGAUCCAUUAUGACAGAGGGAGGCUGAGGCUGAGGAUGGGGAGCUUUGGUGGUCCGGAAGACUUCAGCCAGGACAGAUGCAGCUGGGCAGGCCUAAUAGGACACCAGGAGGGAUCUAAACCCUGUACACUACCAUUACCCUCUAAACCCUGUACACUACCAUUACCCUCUAAACCCUGUACACUAUCAUUACCCUCUAAGCCCUGUACACUACCAUUACCCUCUAAACCCUGUACACUACCAUUACCCUCUAAGCCCUGUACACUACCAUUACCCUCUAAGCCCUGUACACUACCAUUACCCUCUAAACCCUGUACACUAUCAUUACCCUCUAAGCCCUGUACACUACCAUUACCCUCUAAACCCUGUACACUACCAUUACCCUCUAAGCCCUGUACACUACCAUUACCCUCUAAGCCCUGUACACUACCAUUACCCUCUAAGCCCUGUACACUACCAUUACCCUCUAAGCCCUGUACACUACCAUUACCCUCUAAGCCCUGUACACUACCAUUACCCUCUAAGCCCUGUAGACUACCAUUACCCUCUAAACCCUGUACACUACCAUUACCCUCUAAGCCCUGUACACUACCAUUACCCUCUAAGCCCUGUACACUACCAUUACCCUCUAAGCCCUGUACACUACCAUUACCCUCUAAGCCACAUAUGUCAGAGUCAAGGCCCGCGGGCCACAUCCGGCCCGCGAGAAGGUUUUUUACGGCCCCUGGGAUGAUCUUGAUUUAUUAUUAGAACCGGCCCGCAGACCGCAGCAAGCCGGCAGCCCGCAUAUCUUUUACACGCACCAAUACUACAUUUCCCACAAUGCAACGGUGACGCACCGAGCAGUAGGCUGCUUCAUUUCAAUAUUUAUUGGCACAGCAGUCGUCAGCAUCACAGUAAAAUUAACUUUCAGAUACCCAUCAAAAAUGGCAAAACGGAAGGUGGACACUGAGAACCGGGGGUUUCAAACAAGGUGGGAGUCGGAGUAUAUGUUCACGGAGGUAGCUGGAAAACCUGUGUGUCUUCUGUGUGGAGAAAGUGUGGCGGUACUGAAAGAGUAUAAUCUGAGACGACAUUAUGAAACGAAACACGCGGACAAAAACAAGAAUAGGUAUGCUUGCCGCUGACUUUCGACGCCGAUUUGCUGACUUUGAAGCACAAAAAAGCAGGUUGGAACUGCUCGGUAACCCAUUUGCUGUUGACGUGGAAAGCUCACCACCAAACCUCCAAAUGGAGUUGAUUGACCUCCAAUGCAAUGAUGCACUGAGGGCAAAAUAUGCGGCAGUGGGUGCUGCGGAGUUCGCCCGUUUCCUCCCCGACACAAUGCCCCAGCUGCGCAUCCAGGCUGCUCAAACGUUGUCUAUGUUUGGCAGCACAUACCUGUGUGAACAACUGUUUUCUUUGAUGAACCUGAACAAAACAUCACACAGAAGUCGACUUACUGCUGAACACCUCCACUCAAUUCUGAGGAUUUCCUCAGCUCAGAGCCUUACCCCGAACAUUGAUGAACUUGUGGAAAAGAUGGGACACCACCAAGUAUCACCCUCAACCUCAAACAAGUGAACAUUACUGUGCAAUCACAUAUUUAGAGUUUUUACUCAGUUCAAGUUUAAAAGUUAAAGUUUAAUAUUUGUUUUCACUGCAUGUUACUUCUCCUUAAACAAAGUGUUGUUUUUGAUUAAUAGAUUUUUGCACUUUAUUUUAUUGUAUUUCAAUCCAAUUAUAUUUUAAAAAUAUUUCAGUUGAGUGGAUGAUAGAAAGUUUUUUUCUUUGAAGUAAAUUUAGCCCACUUUUGCUAAAAUAGAAAAUAUAGGCUACUGAUGGUGCCUUGAAUACCGGUUUCUUUCAUUUAAUGUUCAUGUUAUGGGGAUUUUUAUAUAAAGGAAAUUUGUCUUUUGUGUCUGUUGAAAAUUAAAGAUUACUGACAGAGCCAUAAGAAAAUAUUGCUUUAUUUAUCUGAUCAUAUUGGAAUAUAUUUGUUAGGUUUUCAGUAGGUUCAAUUAGGUUCACUAGACUAUAUGCGUCAUUUAAAAAAUUUUCAAUGAACAUUCGAACAGUCCGGCCCUCGGCUUGUAGCUAAAUUUUUUAUUUGGCCCUCCGUCCAUUUGACUUUGACACCCCUGCUCUAAGCCCUGUACACUACCAGUGCCCACUAAGCCCUGUACACUACCAUUACCCUCUAAGCCCUGUACACUACCAGUGCCCUCUAAGCCCUGUACACUACCAUUAUCCUCUAAACCCUGACACUACCAUUACCCUCUAAGCCCUGUACACUACCAUUACCCUCUAAGCCCUGUACACUACCAUUACCCUCUAAGCCCUGUGCACUACCAGUGCCCUCUAAGCCCUGUACACUACAAUUACCCUCUAAGCCCUGUACACUACCAUUACCCUCUAAGCCCUGUACACUACCAUUACCCUCUAAGCCCUGUAGACUACCAUUACCCUCUAAGCCCUGUAGACUACCAUUACCCUCUAAGCCCUGUAGACUACCAUUACCCUCUAAGCCCUGUAGACUACCAUUACCCUCUAAGCCCUGUAGACUACCAUUACCCUCUAAGCCCUGUACACUACCAUUACCCUCUAAGCCCUGUAGACUACCAUUACCCUCUAAGCCCUGUAGACUACCAUUACCCUCUAAGCCCUGUACACUACCAUUACCCUCUAAGCCCUGUACACUACCAUUACCCUCUAAGCCCUGUACACUCUGAGCUCUGGCUACUGGAGGGGACUGCUGCUGGGAUCCAUCCCAAAGGGCACCAUAUUCCAUUUUAUAGUGCACUACCCAUAAGGCUCUGGUCGAAAGUAGUGCACUAUAAAGGGAAUAGGUUUCCAGCCAAAAUGAUUGUCUUAGCGAACUGUUCCAGCCAAAAGGCAGGUAAUGGCACCAUAUUGAGUCACUUAUGAGGAUUUACGGACACGGUCUUAUCAUAUGGCCAGAUAAUUAACAUAAGGCCUUGCUGGGCUCUGGCCAGGCCUGUUUGGCUGCUACACUACGCCUGGGGGUGACUUUGUGACUGAAGCCAGAGGGAGGGGGUGGAGGGAUAGAGGGAUGGAGGGGUGGAGGGAUAGAGGGAUGGAGGGAUGGAGGGAUGGAGGGAUGGAGGGAUGGAGGGAUGGAGGGGAUGGAGCGAUGGAUGGAGGGGAUGGAGGGAUGGAGGGAUGGAGAAGAAAGGAGGGAGAACAUGCCAAGAACUAGCUCCAACCAAAGCUGUGAAAAUCACUUUGAUAAACACUACACACGCACGCACACACACACAUACACACACGCACACACAGCUCAGUUAGAAGAAGUCAGGUCUUCAUGGUAAGUGGUAACACAUUUGUCAAGGUGUUGUAAGGACUGACAUAGCAGCCUUCCUAAUGAAUACACCUGUCUGUCUCGUGUUCUCCUGGUCCCUGUAAUCAUCAGUGUACAUCAUCAGUUUCUUCCUGCCACCAUGUUUUGACUCAUAGGGACAGAGUGUUGAUUGUCCCCUAGCGCUACAGUGAGGCCUAGGGUAUGUCCCAAAUUGCACCCUAAUCCCUACCUUGGGCCCCAUGGGCCCUGGUCAAAAGUAGUGCACUAAAUAGGGAAUAGGGUGGCAUCUGUAUCUUACUGACAAAACAUCUAGCUAACUAACGAGCUGCAUCCCUGAGCCCCUUCCUUUACCAUAACAAAUUCGACAAAAAUAAUGAAUUGUCUUCCCACCUGUUGUUAAUUAGGGGCUCUAAACCUUUUACAGUUUUUUACAAUCACUUUGGCACUAAUUUCAGAACCUUGAUGUCAUUUUUCAAAACUCUAGACACAAAACUCACAACCAAUGAUCAAAAUGCAAAUUUUUCAAAACUCUAACACUUUUUUCAAUUGCUUGGAUACAAUACACAUAAAACUAAGAUCAUUUGUUCAUUUAACAAAAAUCACCUGUUCAAUAUGACACAACUUAACAUCAAAGUACUACUAUUUCAAAAGGCAAUUCACACAUUACAUUUCAGAUGAGUGUCUAUUCAUUUCAUUACAAUUAUCCAACUAUUAAUUGAUACAACUGCUCAAAAUGAUAAGUAACUGUUGCAUUGCUCUUAAUGCAUAGUUGUAUGGAAACAGACAAACAAUAUUCCAUGUUUAGAUCAUGAAAGUUUCAAAGUAACGAGAUUCAUUGUCACCAAUUAGCGUGGAGCAUGAACCAAUUAGACUACAUUAUCUAUGGAUGUAAUAUUUCAUCAUCAUUCUUUAUCAGACACCGUUUCUAUGGUCCCCUUGUAACCUUCCUUGAUGAGCUCGAUCAGGCCUGUAGAGCUGGUGGCGUGACCUAUGUCAUUGUGUGGGAUAAUGUCAGGUUCCACCAUGCUCAUAUGGUGCAAGCAUGGUUUCAGGCCCAUGCACAAUUUACCACCCUGUAUUUACCCCCAUACUCUCCUUUCCUUAACCCGAUUGAGGAAUUUUUCUCCACAUGGAGAUGGAAGGUUUAUGAUAGGCGCCCUCAUGAACAAGUCACUCUUCUCCAGGCCAUGGAUGACGCAUGCAACGACAUCACGGCAGACCAGUGUCAGGCCUGGAUUCGCCAUGGCCAAAGGUUUUUUCCAAGAUGUUUGGCUAAUGAAAACAUCCAUUGUGAUGUAGAUGAGAACCUGUGGCCAAAUCCACAAGACAGAGUUGAUGAAAAUGUAGAAGUACAGUAAUCACUCCUAUGUUUUGCUUUUUACAGUACAAGCAAGCAAGUUGAGGAACACUGCAUUUGAUGUUUUACAGUACUGUAUUGUUUUUCAUCAAUAUAUUUCAGAUUUUGUUCAAUGAUUCCACUGUGUCUGUAGUAUUCUCUCUACUACUGCAGUACUUUUACAGGGAUGUAUUUACAUGUAGUACCAUAAUGAAACAUGUAUCACCUAUUUUGUACUACAAUAUUUAAUGAUCGUACGAACAAUGACACAGUGAAACUAUCGGUUGCUUGUGUGUGGGUGAUCUAAAUUAACGUUUCAUUGGUAUUUCACAAUACAUUAGUUUUUUGAACCAAUGAUUGUGCAAGUGCAAGAUUUCUUUAAAGAUAUGAAUGCACAAUGCAAUGUUUUGAACAUUGGACAGCCUGUGUUACAAGUGAUGACCGUUUUGAGUUUUGUGUCUAGAGUUUUGAAAAAUGACGUCAAGGUUCUGAAAUUAGUGCCAAAGUGAUUGUAAAAAACUGUAACUUGUUCUAAGUGCUGUUGUUUACCCUUGGAAUGAAGAGACAUGACAAGUACACCACUUAAGUGGCAGGAUCCCUGCUGUGCCACGCUGUGACGAGCUGUGUGUGUGUGUAUUGUGCGUGCAUACGUGUGUGUGCGUAUGUGUGUGUGUGUGUGUGUGUGUGUGUGUGUAUUUGUGCGUGCAUACGUGUGUGUGCGUAUGUGUGUGUGUGUGUGUGUGUGUGUGUGCGUGUAUGUGUGGGCAUGUGUGUGUGUGUGUGUGUGGGCGUGUGCAUGUGUGUGAGGGUGUGCGUGUGUAUGUGGGCGUGUGUGUGUGUGUGGGCGUGUGUGUGUGUGGGCGUGUGUGUGUGUGGGCGUGUAUGUGUGUAUCUGUGUGUGCGUGUGUGUGGGCGUGUGCAUGUGCGUGUAUGUGUGUGUGUGUGGGCGAGUAUGUCUGUGUAUCUGUGUGUAUCUGUGUGUGUGUGUGUGUGUGUGUGAGAUCCAGGCUUUGCCUGCUGAGAGAGGAAUAGAAACAGCAGACAGGAGAUGAUGACAGCGAGGCGACAGGAGAGGGGGAGGAGAGGGAAUGUUAAAUACAGAUAAAAGAGUGGGAUGAAAGAGAGGGAUGAAUAAACUCCAGAUAUGAAUGGGUAAUGAGUGAUUAGCCUUGUGUUGUCUGCAGGGAGAUGAUGGCACAUCAAUAACAGACAGUCGUUGUGAAAAACUUUUUUAUCUUAUCUUCCUCUAGCUGCAUUUGUACUUUGGAAUAUCAAUGACUAAAUGUUUUCUUUAUUUUCUACGUCUCUCUGUUCACCCCCCCCCGUCCAUUCUGUCUUUCAUGCUGUGUUUGUUUCUUUAACCACUCUCUCUACAACCACUCUCUCUACAACCACUCUCUCUACAACCACUCUUUCUACAACCACUCUCUCUACAACCACUCUCUAUAUAACAACACUCUCUACAACCACGGGGGGCCAGUAUAAAAAAUAAUAAUAUAUGUAUUCACUAACUGUAAGUCGCUCUGGAUAAGAGCGUCUGCUAAAUGACUGUAAUGUAAUGUAAUGUAAUGUAAUGUAACCACUCUCUCUACAACCACUCUCUCUACAACCACUCUCUCUAUAACAACUCUCUCUACAACUCUCUCUAAACCAUCUCUUAAACAACUCCUCUACAACCACCUCAUAACUCUCUAAAACUUCUCUUACACACACUCCUCUAUAAACUCUCUCUAUGACUGAAUCCACUUUCUUAAUACCACUCUCUCUACAACCACUCUCUCUACACACCACUCUCUCUAACACACUCUCUCUACAACCACUCUCUACAACCACUCUCUCUACACACUCUCUCUACAACCACUCUCUCUACAACACACUCUCUCUACAACACUCUCUCUACAACCACUCUCUCUACAACCACUCUCUCUACAACCACUCUCUCUACAACCACUCUCUCUACAACCACUCUCUCUACAACCACUCUCUCUACAACCACUCUCUCUACAACCACUCUCUCUACAACCACUCUCUCCAUACACCACUCUCUCUACAACCACUCUCUCUACAACCACUCUCUCUACACACUCUCUCUACAACAUCUCUCUACACAACCACUCCUCUCUACAACCACUCUCUCUACAACCACUCUCUCUACAACCACCUCUCUCUACACACCACCUCUCUACAACCACUCUCUCUCUACAACCACUCUCUCUACAACCACUCUCUAAACACUCUCCUACAACCACUCUCUCUAACACAUCUCUCUCUCUCUACAACCACUCUCUCUCACACUCUCUCACACUCUACAACCAUCCUCUACAACCACUCUCUCUACAACCACUCUCUCUACAACCACUCUCUCUACAACAACUCUCUCUCAACACCACCACUCUCUACAACCACUCUCUCUACAACCUCUCUACACUCUCUACAACUCUACAACCACUCUCUCUACAACCACUCCUCUACAACCACUCUCUCUACAACCACUCUCUCUACAACCACUCUCUCUACAACCACUCUCUCUACAACCACUCUCUCUACAACCACUCUCUCUACAACCACUCUCUCUACAACCACUCUCUCUACAACCACUCUCUCUAUAACCACUUUCUACAACCACUCUUCUCUUCUCUUCUCUUCUCUUCUCUUCUCUUCUCUUCUCUUCUCUUCUCUUCUCUUCUCUUCUCUUCUCUUCUCUUCUCUUCUCUUCUCUUCUCUUCUCUUCUCUUCUCUUCUCUUCUCUUCUCUUCCCUUCCCUUCCCUUCUUCCUCCCCUCUACUCUCCUCUCAUCUUUAUCUCAUUAUAGUUGAGUAGCAGGAGAUAAUGAGGUGCCGUGUCCUCCAAUCUUCCAACUGUGAGAUAUAAUACAUCCAAUCUGCUUGUUCCCAGCAGGGGAACAAAGACUCCCCGCAGGCCCACAGACAAGUGAAGACGGUUAACUCCCCCUCGUCUCUCAGCCUCAGUCCUGUGGAGCCGUGUGGGCAGCAGGGUCAAACGAGCCUCCCUCCACCGGGACGAAGCUGA